AUGUCAAACCCCUUGGAUACCGAUGCCGGCUCAGAGCUGUUCAGCAGCUACGAAACCGAGCUGAAGCUCUUACAGGCCGAUUUGAACCAGAAACUGGAUCAGAUAACAGAGUCGAGCGGGGAACAACGGAAAUCAGCAAUCAGACAAGCUGAACAGACGCUAGAAGAGGCCACAGAAUUACUGGAUCAAAUGCGCAUGGAGAAACAGAACAUUCCCUCUGCAGCACGGUCCAAGGUCAACGUCCGGUUCCGCAACUACUCCUCGGAUAUUGAUGAGGCCAAACGCAAGCUCAAGUCUCUCUCCGACGACCGUAAAGCGCUCUUCGGCGAUCGCUACACAGAUGACCCCCAAGAUGAGCACCUGGAACAGAGGCAGCAGCUUCUCUCCGGCACGGACCGCCUGGAGCGCAGUUCCUCCAGACUGCGGGACAGUCAACGGAUCGCCCUUGAGACUGAGGAUAUCGCUCGCAACACAUUGGCUGAUCUGGGCCAGCAGCGCGAGACCAUCACACAUGCCCGGUCGGGACUGCUGCAGAGUGAAGGAUAUGUGGAUACGAGUAUUAAGACUCUGAGAGGAAUGGCCCGAUGGCUACGAAUCGGAUAA